CUUCAUUUCAGAUUUCACAGGGAAAUUCAAUGGGAAGGUGAACGCCAGUCAUGAAGCUCCGCUGAAACAAAAGCUCCUCGAAGUGUUUGGAUUAACUUUACCGGAGUCUGCAGGAUCCCGUCGUUAGCAUUUUUUUUUCUUUUUAAACUUGGUCGAAAACUAUUCACCGAGCGCAAGAUGAUGUCCGACGCCAGCGACAUGUUGGCAGCAGCCUUGGAGCAAAUGGACGGGAUCAUAGCAGGCUCUAAGGCCAUGGACUACUCCAACGGGUUGUUUGACUGCCAGUCGCCCACGUCGCCCUUCCUGGGUGGCCUCCGGGUGCUGCACCUCCUGGAGGACCUGAGGGCAGCUCUGGAGCUCAUGGACAACGAGGAGAGGGACAACCUGCGCUGUCAGAUCCCGGACUCCACUGCAGAGGGGCUGGCGGACUGGCUGCACGGACGAACGACCAACGUCCACGGCGCUGAAGCGGCGUACCAAGAACGUCUGUCACGGCUGGAGAGCGACAAAGAGUGUCUCAUUCUUCAGGUAAGCGUUUUGACAGAUCAGGUGGAGGUGCAAGGCGAAAAGAUUCGGGACCUGGACAAAUGUCUCGAGCAUCACCGGGAGAAGCUGAACGCCACCGAGGAGCUGCUGCAACAAGAGCUGCUGAACCGGACGGCGCUGGAGACCCAGAAGCUGGAGCUGAUGACUGAAGUGUCCAGUCUGAAGCUGAAGCUAACGGCUGUGGAGAGGGACCACAGAGGCAAUGAGGGCUUGUACCAGGAAGUAACGGACCUGCGGUUCAGGGUGACUGAUAUAGAGAAUGAAAGGCUGCAGUGUGAGAAGAAACUCAGAGCUACUAAACGUCCAAAGUGGAACGAUACGCGGUUCACGGGAGAUGAGGACGAGCUGCAGCUUCUUCAGAAGCAGCUGGAGGAGCGAGAGGUGGAGCUGAGGAUGUUGAAGGACGAGAGCCGGCCGAGGGUGGAGAGCCCCGACAGAGCUGAGGGAGGAGAAAGAGAUAAUGAAACGUUGAAGAUGAAGAGUGUGUUGGAGUCACUGAUGUCAGAAAACGAUGAGAAGGAAAGAAGGAUUAAGGAGCUGGAGGAGUCGCUAACAAAGUGCAAGAAGGUGCAGGAGCUGGUCAGAGAGAAGCUGAAGGAGGACGACUACGACGACAUCACAGACGAUCCCUCGGCCUCGGUGUCCAUGGAGGUGGAUCAGGUCACCCUGGAGCUGGAGGGGGAGGCAGGAAGGAGCUCUGGAGAGUCUGUUCCUUGUAUAGCAGUGCUCUCUGAGAUGAAUGAACUGGACAGAGAACGACAGUUGCAGGCAGUCAAGAGCUCGUUAGACGUCCCACAGUCGGGCGUCUCAGCUGCAAGCACUGAACAGGCCAAAAGUAAAGGUUCCUCGUUAUCUAAUAAAGGAAAUCACUCCAGUGUGGAGAGUUUUGGUUCGAAGAAGGCCCGCGCCUCUUUCGGCCGCGGCUUCUUUAAGCUGCGAGGAGGGAAGCAGGCGGCCAGCGCCCCAAACCUCGCCGAGACAGAACGUAGAGGCACGGAGCACCUCGACUUGGCCGGCGUUCCUUCUCGGAAAUCCCACGACGCAGCUCCUCUGGCGUCGUCUCCGGAAACCAAAAAGAAGUCCAAAGGGUUGAGGAAGUUCUUCGGCAGGCUAAAGAGGAGUCACUCCACCUCCUUCAACCUGGACGACGCCGCUGAGAUGGAGUUCAGGAGGGGCGGAGUCAGAGCCACGGCCGGCCCUCGACUCGGAUGGUCACGAGAACCAAAACACUGCGCUGUGGACGUUCCUUUCUCUCGGUGGACUAAAGACGACGUGUGUGUGUGGCUCCAUGAACAGGGCCUGGGUUUGUACGUGGCUCAGGGCCACAGCUGGAUCAAAUCAGGACAAACGUUACUGCAGGCGUCACAGCAGGAUCUGGAGAAGGAGCUGGGCAUGAAGCAGCCUCUCCACAGGAAGAAGCUGCAGCUGGCCCUGCAGGCGCUCGGCUCAGAGGACGACGACCUGAAGGGAAAACUGGACCACAACUGGGUGACGAGGUGGCUGGACGACAUCGGCCUCCCUCAGUAUAAGAGUCACUUUGAUGAGGCUCGGGUGGACGGGCGGAUGCUGCACUACAUGACAGUGGACGACCUGUUGUCUCUGAAGGUCGGCAGCGUCCUCCAUCACCUCAGCAUCAAGAGAGCCAUCCAGGUCCUCCGCCUCAACUCCUACGAGCCCAGCUGCCUCAGGAGGAGACCCUCUGAUGAGAACAACAUGACUCCAGCAGAGAUCUCCCAGUGGACCAACCACAGAGUGAUGGAGUGGCUCCGCUCCGUAGAUCUGGCAGAAUACGCCCCCAACCUGAGGGGGAGCGGCGUUCACGGAGGCCUGAUGGUCCUGGAGCCUCGGUUCAACGUGGAGGCGCUCGCCCUGCUGCUCAACAUUCCUCCCAGUAAAACCCUGCUGAGACGCCACCUGGCCACUCACUUCCACCUGCUCAUCGGCUCCGAGGCGCAGAGGCUCAAACAGGACUGUCUGGAAAACCCCGACUACACGGUCCUCACGGCCACGGCCAAGGUCAAGCCGCGGCGUCUGUCGUUCGGUGGCUUUGGAACUCUGAGGAAGAAACGUCACGAGGACGGGGACGAGUUCGUCUGCCCCAUGAACGUAGAGAUGCCGAAGAACAGCAGCUUCCUGAGGAGCGUCCAGAUCUACGAGGACCAGCUGGAACAGAUGGAAGAUUCUGAGGGAACAGUCCGACAGAUCGGAGCCUUUUCUGAGGGAAUCAACAACCUGACGAGCAUGCUGAAGGAAGAUGAGUUCUUCUCCGACGACUCUGCAGAAACACACAAGAACUCCAACAUCUGACCAAACGAGAACAAACUGAAGCGGUGUCUCUUCUCCCACCGUCCACUCGUUCCGCCCUUAGUUUCCGUGACCUCAUAUUUAUUGAAGCUGCCCAAAGUAUAAUGCAUGAACUGAAAACGUAGUAAUGGACUUCUCUCUGCAUUUAUUUUAUUAUUGUUGGUAAUAACCAGUGAUUUAAGCUUUUUAGUGUUUCUCCCUCGUACAGAUUUAGUUUGUUGUUACAUCUUUACUCCACCAGAGGUUGAAAUACUCAAGUAAAGAACUUUUAUAGAUGUGUCUUAGAGAGAAGUAAGUGACAUUAUCUUCGCAUAAAGACUUAAACCAGGGAAACUUCCAGCCUGGAUCUGACAGAGCCCACUAGUUAGUCGCUAGUUACCUCAUUUGUCGUCUCCCUAAAAACACAACUUCUCAUUUUUUUUACAUUUGUUUUGCACAACUUUAAUCAACGAGAUGUUAGACAGAUCCAGGCUGGUGCUUUCCCCAAUUUAGUCUAAAUUUAAGCGAAAUGUUUCCCCGUGACUGAAAGUAAACAUAAACCAAAGCUUUUUCCAAUGGCCAAAUCUUUUAUUUUCAUGUUUCUCAAUUGACUGUAUGUUGUUUUUAAGUUUGCUAAUAAAAAAAAAUGAAUCAA